AUGGGUUUCCCUGCAGAUUUGGUACAGAUGAUUGGCCACAUCUACACUGGAGCUACCACGGAAGUAGUUACCCCCCUUGGCAAAACCCAACCGAUACCGAUCCACUCUGGCGUCAAACAAGGAUGCCCCCUCAGCGCCAUUCUUUUUAACCUCUCCAUGGAACUCAUCCUUCGUAAGUGCAUCGCCAAAGCCCAAACUCUACCACGUGGCUCACUUCAACACCAUGGACAAUCUAUCUCAAUCUUGGCAUAUGCUGAUGAUCUCGUCAUCCUCGCCCGCAACAAAGACACGCUGCAGUCACUCCUGAAUGCGGUCUCCUCAGCUGCUGAUCCCACCCCUUCCCUAGUAUCCAAUUUCCUGUCCAACACUCCCGACCGCAACCUUGAAACCAUCCGCUACCGAACAGGCUCCCUCUGGACGCGUACCCGACAAGCCACAAAGACCAUCAAAGUUACCAUCAACGUCCCUGACAAUGGUUCUCCCUCCCUCAGCGCUCCCAACUAUGCUGAUGAAGUGGCCCCCAAAGAUGUGUGUCGCUUCCUCCAUAACGUCGAACGUGAGCAUGCGGCCCAAAACCUUCGUGAAUUACGUGACCAAGGCAAGGUCCCUCGUGCUCUCACCACUGACAAAUUCGCCAAUGGCUCCAACUGGCACUUCACAGGCCUCAACAUCCGAUUUAAAGACUGGAGGUUUAUCCACCGUGCCCGCCUGAAUUGCCUACCAACCAACUCUGUCAAAAGUCGCUGGUCCGAUUGUUCCUCCUCCUGUCGCCACUGCGAAGAAGAUGAGACGCUUCCCCACUUGCUGUGCCAUUGCCCUUCCAACAUGCCAGCCAUUACCACCCGCCACAAUAAGGUUGUAGACCGUCUGACCAACGCUGUCCGUGCUGGAUCUGUUUCAACUGACAAAACUGUACGCGAUAGUGGUUCUCCAGUUCGACCAGACAUUGUUAUUGAAUCCAACUCCCAUGUCACAAUCAUCGACGUCUGCUGCCCCUUCGAGAACGGUCCCGAAGCCCUUGAGGAAGCUGUAGCAUGCAAAGAAGUGAAGUAUGACCACCUGAAGACCUUUUUCGAAUCCCAAGGCAAAUCAUGCGACAUCUUUGGCUUUGCUGUUGGCGCUCUCGGUGCUUGGUUCCCUGGAAACGAGCGUGUCCUUACUGCCCUCAACAUGACUUCUCGGUACAAAAACCUUUUCCGUAAGCUGUGUUGUUCCGACGUCAUCCAAGGCUCAACUGACAUCUACCGCCAACAUCUGGGUUGCGACGAUGUCCUUCCUUAA